AUGGCGCGACUAUUCUUGCCAUUUCUUCUUUUGUUGGCGAACCUAGGUCUGCUCACGGCCGCUCAGAACCAAACUGCAGCGGGGUGGGAGAUUUACGACGAUGGACUGACCACCGAUGUGCAGUGGGAUCACUACAGUUUCCAUGUUCAGGGUCAACGUAUCUUUGUCUUCUCCGGCGAGUUCCAUUACUGGCGUAUCCCUGUUCCCGGCUUGUGGAGGGAUAUCCUUGAGAAGAUCAAGGCUGCCGGAUUCACUGGGUUUUCCAUCUACACUAGCUGGGGCUACCACGCCCCGAACAAUCAGACAGUCGACUUCUCCACCGGUGCCCACAACAUCACCUCGAUCUUCGAUCUUGCUGAUGAGCUCGGUCUGUACAUCAUCGUCCGGCCCGGACCGUACGUCAACGCGGAGUCCAAUGCUGGUGGCCUCCCCUUGUGGUUGACCUCCGGUGAAUACGGAACCCUACGAAACAAUGAUUCUCGCUAUACUGAGGCCUGGAAGCCGUAUUUCGACGAGGUGUCCGAGAUCACCAGUCGCUAUCAGGUCACCGAUGGUCAUAAGACGUUGUGUUACCAGAUUGAGAACGAGUAUGGCAAUCAAUGGCUUACCGACCCCAGCGAACGGGUCCCCAAUGAGACUGCUAUUGGCUACAUGGAACUUCUGGAGGCAAGCGCCCGCGACAAUGGUAUCAAGGUUCCUUUGACUUUCAACGACCCGAACAUGAACGCGAAGUCUUGGUCUAGUGACUGGUCCAAUGCUGGAGGCAAUGUUGACGUUACUGGUGUGGACUCUUAUCCUUCGUGCUGGUCUUGUGAUGUUAGCGAGUGCACCUCCACCAACGGCGAGUAUGUCGCGUACAAGCUGGUCGAAUACUACACAUAUUUCCAAGAGUUCCAACCCAACAUGCCUUCAUUCAUUCCCGAGUUCCAGGGCGGCUCCUACAACCCAUGGGCUGGUCCCGAGGGUGGAUGCGGCGAGGACACUGGUGCGGACUUUGUCAACCUCUUCUACAGGUGGAACAUCGCGCAGCGGGUUACCGCCAUGAGCUUGUAUAUGCUUUAUGGAGGCACCAACUGGGGUUCGAUUGCUACACCCGUGACCGCGUCUAGCUAUGACUACUCGGCGCCGAUCUCCGAGGAUCGCUCGAUCGGCUCCAAGUAUUACGAGACCAAGCUGCUGUCGCUGUUCACCAGGAGUGCAGCGGACUUGACCAUGACUGACCUCGUCGGAAACGGAACCCAGUACACCGACAACAGCGCUAUCGCUGCGUAUGAACUGCGGAAUCCCGAAAGCAAAGCUGCAUUUUACGUGACGCGCCACGCGGAUUCCACGUUGGACACGAACGAAGCCUUCAAGCUGCACGUCAACACGUCGGCUGGAAACUUGAUCAUCCCUCGCACCGGAGGUAAGAUCAGACUCAAUGGACAUCAGUCCAAGAUCAUCGUCACGGACUUCAUCGUUGGCUCGGAGACCCUGCUGUACUCCACCGCUGAGGUGCUCACCUACUCGGUCAUUGACAACGAGCCGACUCUUGUACUUUGGGUGCCGACCGGCGAGUCUGGAGAGUUUGCUGUGAAGGGUGCCAAGUCCGGCUCCGUCAUCUCCAAGUGUUCGGGCUGCUCUGAGCCGGCCUUCCACCGGCAGGGAGGAAGCCUUGUUGUGAGCUUCACCCAGUCCGCCGGAAUGAGUGUACUCAAGAUCGAUAACAAGCUGCGUGUUGUCCUUCUGGACCGGGCUGCAGCCUAUCUGUUCUGGGCUCCUACCUUGACGCAGAACCCUCUCGCCCCUGCCAACGAGACUGUGCUCAUUCAUGGUUCUUACCUUGUCCGUUCCGUCAAGGAAGAUGGCCACACCCUUGAGAUCAAGGGUGAUGCGGUCAACACCACGGAGAUCGAGGUCUUCGCCUCCAAGAAGAUCAAGAAUCUGAAAUGGAACGGCAAGCAGGUCAAGUCGACCAAGACCGCACACGGCAGUCUGCGAGCUUCUCUGGCUGCACCCAAGGCAGUUAGUCUGCCAGCUUUCACCUCCUGGAAGUCGAACGACAGCUUGCCGGAGCGCAGUGUGUCUUACGAUGACACUGGCGCGGCUUGGGUUGCGGCCGACCACAUGGUGACCUACAACCCUCACCCACCUGCUACACUUCCGGUCCUCUACGGUGAUGACUACGGCUUCCACAACGGCAUUCGCCUGUUCCGCGGAUACUUCAACAGCUCCGCCUCUGGAGUAUUCCUCAACAUCCAAGGUGGAAAUGCUUUCGGCUUCUCCGCCUGGUUGAACGGCCACUUCGUUGGCUCCUACCUCGGCAACGCCACAGUUGAACAAGCCAACAAGACCAUCACCUUCCCCGCCGAGUUGCUCUCCACCAACCCCAGCACCAACCCCAACGUGCUCCUCGUUGUCCACGACGACACCGGCCACGACCAGACCACCGGUGUUCUCAACCCCCGCGGUAUCCUCGAGGCACGCCUUUUGUCGAACACGUCGACUACCCCGGAAUUUACCCACUGGCGCCUGGCUGGUACUGCAGGCGGGGAAUCCAACCUCGACCCCGUCCGCGGCGUCUACAAUGAAGACGGCCUCUUCGCCGAGCGCGUCGGCUGGCACCUACCCGGCUUCAACGACAGCGCAUGGACUGUCUCUGCAUCGUCGUCCUCUUCCUCGUCGCUGUCCUUCGCGGGUGCAACGAUCAAGUUCUUCCGCACCACCGUGCCCUUGCACAUCCCCACGGGUCUGGACGUCUCCAUCUCCUUCGUGCUUGGCACCCCCAACGACGCGCCCAGCAAUGCCUAUCGCGCUCAGCUGUUCGUCAACGGCUACCAGUACGGCCGGUACUACCCGUACAUCGGCAACCAGGUCGUCUACCCGGUGCCCGCGGGCGUGCUGAACUACAACGGCGAGAACACGAUCGCGGUGGCGGUGUGGGCGCAGACGGAGGCCGGCGCGGGGAUCACCGUGGACUGGCGGGUGAAUUACGUCGCGGACAGUUCAUUGAGUGUGGCGGAUCUGGAGACGGAGGAGUUGCGGCCGGGAUGGACGGCUGUGCGGGAGAAAUACGCUUGA